GACGUCAUGGCGUCGCGUCCCUCCCGGCGUUUCGCGGGCUUGCGCGGGUCACGUGGGGCGCUUUUCGCGGGAAAACUGCUUGUUGCGGGAGCAGAGUGGAGCGCGGCGCUGUGAUGGCGGAAUCCUCCGAGUCUAGUCCUGCCCCGCGGCAGCGAGGCAAUGACCCCCUCACGUCCAGCCCCGGGCGAAGCUCACGGCGCACGGAUGCCCUGACCUCCAGCCCUGGUCGGGACCUUCCUCCUUUUGAGGAUGAGUCUGAGGGUUUGCUAGGCACAGAGGGGCCCAUGGAAGAAGAGGAGGAUGGAGAAGAGCUGAUUGGAGAUGGCAUGGAGAGGGACUACCGUGCCAUCCCUGAGCUGGAUACCUACGAGGCUGAAGGGCUGGCCCUGGAUGAUGAGGACGUGGAGGAGCUGACAGCCAGUCAGAGGGAAGCGGCUGAGAGGGUCAUGCGACAGCGCGACCGAGAGGCUGGCCGGGGCCUGGGCCGUAUGCGCCGGGGGCUCCUGUACGACAGCGAUGAGGAGGAUGAGGAACGCCCUAGCCGCAAGCGCCGCCAGGUGGAGCGGGCCACGGAGGUGGGCGAGGAGGACGAGGAGAUGAUCGAGAGCAUCGAAAACCUGGAGGACCUCAAGGGCCACUCUGUGCGUGAGUGGGUGAGCAUGGCGGGCCCCCGGCUGGAGAUCCACCACCGCUUCAAGAACUUCCUGCGCACCCACGUGGACAGCCACGGCCACAACGUCUUCAAGGAGCGCAUCAGCGACAUGUGCAAAGAGAACCGUGAGAGCCUGGUGGUGAACUAUGAGGAUCUGGCGGCCCGCGAGCACGUCCUGGCCUACUUCCUGCCCGAGGCACCAGCUGAACUGCUGCAGAUCUUUGACGAGGCCGCCCUGGAAGUGGUGCUGGCCAUGUACCCCAAAUAUGACCGCAUUGCCAGCCACAUUCACGUCCGCAUCUCCCACCUGCCCCUGGUGGAGGAGCUGCGCUCGCUGAGGCAGCUGCACCUGAACCAGCUGAUCCGCACGAGUGGCGUGGUGACCAGCUGCACGGGCGUUCUGCCACAGCUCAGCAUGGUCAAGUACAACUGCAACAAGUGCAGCUUCGUGCUCGGGCCUUUCUGCCAGUCGCAGAACCAGGAGGUGAAGCCAGGCUCCUGCCCCGAAUGCCAGUCUGUGGGGCCCUUCGAAGUCAACAUGGAGGAGACCAUCUAUCAAAACUACCAGCGCAUCCGGAUCCAGGAGAGUCCAGGCAAAGUGGCAGCCGGCCGGUUGCCCCGCUCCAAGGACGCCAUCCUCCUCGCUGAUCUGGUGGACAGCUGUAAGCCAGGAGAUGAGAUUGAGCUGACUGGCAUCUACCACAACAACUAUGACGGCUCCCUCAACACUGCCAAUGGCUUCCCCGUCUUUGCCACAGUUAUCCUGGCCAACCACGUGGCCAAGAAGGACAACAAGGUGGCCGUCGGGGAGCUGACUGACGAGGAUGUGAGGAUGAUCACCAGCCUCUCCAAGGACCAGCAGAUCGGGGAGAAGAUCUUUGCCAGCAUCGCGCCUUCUAUCUACGGCCACGAGGACAUUAAGAGAGGCCUGGCCCUGGCUCUAUUUGGAGGGGAACCCAAGAACCCAGGUGGGAAACACAAGGUGCGAGGUGACAUCAACGUGCUCCUGUGUGGAGACCCGGGAACAGCGAAGUCUCAGUUCCUCAAGUAUGUGGAGAAGGUAUCCAGCCGGGCCAUCUUCACCACGGGCCAGGGCGCCUCGGCCGUGGGGCUCACAGCCUAUGUGCAGCGGCAUCCGGUCAGCAGGGAGUGGACCUUGGAGGCUGGGGCACUGGUUCUGGCUGACCGGGGCGUGUGUCUCAUCGAUGAGUUUGACAAGAUGAACGACCAGGACAGGACCAGCAUUCACGAGGCCAUGGAGCAACAGAGCAUCUCCAUCUCCAAGGCCGGCAUCGUCACCUCCCUGCAGGCUCGCUGCACUGUCAUCGCAGCUGCCAACCCCAUAGGGGGACGCUAUGACCCCUCACUGACCUUCUCGGAGAACGUGGACCUCACAGAGCCCAUCAUCUCCCGCUUCGACAUCCUGUGUGUAGUGAGGGACACUGUGGACCCUGUGCAGGACGAGAUGCUGGCUCGCUUCGUGGUUGGCAGCCACGUCCGCCACCACCCCAGCAACGAGGGCGAGGGGCUGGCCCGCGGCGCCCAGGAGCCCGCCGUGCCCAGCACGUACGGUGUGGAGCCGCUGCCACAGGAGGUGCUGAAGAAGUACAUCAUCUAUGCCAAGGAGAGGGUCCACCCAAAACUCAACCAGAUGGACCAGGACAAGGUGGCCAAGAUGUACAGUGACCUGCGGAAGGAGUCCAUGGCCACAGGCAGCAUCCCCAUCACAGUGCGACACAUUGAGUCCAUGAUCCGCAUGGCAGAGGCCCACGCGCGCAUCCACCUGCGGGACUACGUGAUCGAGGACGACGUCAACAUGGCCAUCCGCGUGAUGCUGGAGAGCUUCAUUGACACGCAGAAGUUCAGUGUCAUGCGCAGCAUGCGGAAGACCUUUGCCCGCUAUCUUUCAUUCCGGCGAGACAACAAUGAACUGCUGCUCUUCAUCCUGAAGCAGUUGGUGGCAGAGCAGGUGACCUAUCAGCGCAACCGCUUUGGGGCCCAGCAGGACACGAUUGAGGUGCCUGAGAAGGACUUGGUGGACAAGGCCCGGCAGAUCAACAUCCACAACCUCUCCGCUUUCUACGACAGCGAGCUCUUCAGGAUGAACAAGUUCAGCCGGGACCUGAAACGGAAGGUGAUCCUUCAGCAGUUCUGAGCCCUGCGAUGUCCACAGUGGCUCCUGUGACUCUGGUUGAGGACAUUUCCCUAAGUGCUUGGUCACCUCUGCUUUAUGGACCCAGAACCUCACCUCCUAGGAACUCGGUGUUCUGGGAUCGGGGUUUGUGGCUGGGCCUCACCCGCGUGUCUCAGGCUGGCUCUGUGACGUGGGGUAGCGGUGGUCACGUCUUGGGCUCCACUGUUUGCUCCUCUCACUUCUGGGUGACGUUUGCUCAGGGCUUCUGUCCCACCUGCGACCAGCACGUGGUGUCUGUACAUAGUGCCUUGUGACAGUCACUGUGCUUCAGGGCCUGGGCGUGUUGCAGGUGUGUUACCUGGCUGUUAGGACAGCUGUCGCCACCCUUGGCCCCAGAGCACCUUACAGCUGUUGGUAGUCUUUUUUCACGUCUGGUCCUGCAAGUGUCUGUGAGCCCGUGAGGUAGAAGCGUGCCCAGCUGGCCAGCCUGGUGCCCACGGCCCUGUGGCGGCCCAGUGUGGAAUCGGGUCUCAUGUCAGUUGUUAGUCGCCGUUUCUGUAUUAGCCCGUGUGUGCCUACCUGACCGUUUCCUCCACCUGCUUAUUUGUACAUGCACUUUUUGUUUCUGUAGUUUUAUUUUUUAAUAAAGUUGAAUAAAAUCUAAGCAUGCAUAUCA